UCUCGGGUAGCAAGGGAGCCCAGCAGGGUACAGUUUCAAAGAGAAUCGGUCAUAAUGUAAAUAUGACCCAUUCAUUAAUCCCAGUCAAAGUCAUUGAUUUCAGAGUGUGAUCAGCCGAUGCCUGCAUGGUGGAGUCUUCAUCACCGGGACCGGAUCACAGCCCCCCCCUGCUGUCUCUCCUGAGAAGGUGAAGCCUUCAGAAUAACAGCUCUGCCGCUAUGAGACGAAUAACGGGCAAGACGAAGGAUGAAACUUUGAUCGAGCUGCAGAGCGCGACAGAAUCACAGACAGGAGAUGGUCCUGCAGUGUUGACCGCAUUCAGGAUAAACCUGCACUCAGAUGAAAAUGGUGGCAAUAGUGUGAGUUCAUUAUCUGAAAGAGUGACACUGCCUGGGCAUGCAGAGACAGAAAAGUUGCAACCAAACAAGGACACUGUGUUCUUCAGGGAUGGGGUUCGGAGAAUAGACUAUGUGUUGUCUUAUGUGGAUGAUAAAGAUGGAGAAAAGAAACAGGAGAGGAGGAGGGAGUUUGAGGCCAACCUUGAGAAACAAGGUCUGGAGCUGGAGACUGAAGACAAAUCAGACUCCAAGGACCAAAAGACAUAUUUCCUGAAGAUCCAUGCUCCAUGGGAAGUACUGGCGACCUACGCUGAUGUCUUAAAGAUUAAAGUUCCCUUCAAAUUGAGUGAUAUCCCCCAUGGUCAUGAUGUCCCGCUGGAGUGGCUCUCGCAUCCUUUCCGUCUGCCAGAUCACAUCAUGCGCCCACAACCGGACUACUUUACCUACCCCUUCGACAAGAACAAGACCGACUUCUUCCUUAUCAAUGACAAGGAUACCUUCUUCCCGCCUUCCACAAGAAACAGAAUCGUGUUCUACAUCCUGGCUCGUUGCCCGUACUACAAAGAGGGUCGGAAAGAAAGAGACAAGACGGGAAUCAAACGACUACUCAGCAAUGGGACGUAUACGGCAGCCUUUCCUCUUCAUGAUUGUCCAUACUGGAAAAGGGCAAGAAACGCUGAAUGCGAGAGUGAGCGUUACAACUUGUAUAAACACUGGGCCCGGUUCCUCUGCUUUUACAAGGAGCAGCCUCUCAACCUCAUCAGGAAGUACUAUGGGGAGAAGAUUGGGAUCUACUUCGCCUGGCUGGGCUUCUACACAGAGAUGCUGUUCUUUGCAGCUGUCAUGGGCGUCAUAUGUUUCACCUAUGGAGUGCUCAGUUAUGAGGACAACAGGUCAAGCAAAGAAAUAUGUGACCCCCACAUUGGAGGCAGUAUCGUGAUGUGUCCACUUUGUGAUAAAAAGUGCCCUUUCUGGAAGCUCAACUCUACAUGUCUCUCAUCCUGGCAAUCCCAUCUGUUUGAUAAUGAGGGAACGGUAUUCUUUGCCAUAUUUAUGGGGAUUUGGGUCACUCUGUUUUUGGAGUUCUGGAAACGGCGUCAAGCCCGUCUGGAGUACGAGUGGGACUUGGUGGACUUUGAAGAGGAGCAGCAACAGCUUCAAAUCCGACCCGAGUUUGAGAUCAGAUGCACCAACAAGAGACUCAACAAGAUCACUCAGGAAAUGGAGCCGUAUCUUCCCACCUCAAGCAAGUGUGUUCGCUUCUGUCUCUCCUCUGCCACCGUUAUAUUAUGGAUCUCUCUGAUUGUGGCUUGUAUAAUCGGGGUCAUAGCGUACAGAUUGGCCGUUCAUGCUGCCUUCGCGAGUAUCAUUAAAGACCCCAUGAGAAAGAUCCAGGUGGUGGGCAGGUUCAUCACUCCACAGCUCGCCACUUCUGUCACUGCCUCCUGCAUCAACUUUGUCAUCAUCAUGAUCCUCAACUUCUUUUAUGAGAGGGUGGCCGUCUGGAUCACUGACAUGGAAAUCCCAAAGACCCACCUGGAGUAUGAGAACAGGUUGACCAUGAAGAUGUUCCUCUUCCAGUUUGUCAACUACUACUCAUCGUGCUUCUACGUGGCCUUCUUCAAAGGCAAAUUUGUCGGUUAUCCUGGUGACUACUCAUAUAUGUUCGGCAAAUGGAGCAAACUAAGGAAUGAGGAGUGUGACCCCGGAGGCUGUCUGAUUGAGCUCACCACGCAGCUGGUCAUUGUUAUGGCUGGAAAACAACUGUGGGGGAACAUUCAGGAAGCUCUGCUGCCGCUGAUGCGUAACUGGUGGAGUAACAGAAAAGGACGGCACCAUCCUGAGAACCAUUCCAGCCGCUGGGAGCAGGACCACGGGCUGCUGAACUUCAGCCAGCUUGGAUUGUUUUAUGAGUACCUGGAGAUGGUGAUCCAGUUUGGUUUCAUCACUUUGUUUGUGGCCUCUUUUCCUCUGGCUCCGCUCCUGGCUCUGUGCAACAACAUCCUGGAGAUCAGGGUGGACUCCUGGAAGUUCACCACCCAGUUCAGACGACCGGUGGCGUCCAAGGCCCGAAACAUUGGAGCGUGGCAGGAAAUCCUCAACGCAGUGGCCAUUCUGUCUGUUGUUACCAAUGCUUUCAUCAUGGCGUUUACUUCCGACAUGAUCCCCCGUAUGGUCUUCCUGUAUGCCUAUGGUAAAAAUGCCAGCAUGAGGGGCUACGUUAACAACAGCCUGUCAAUAUACAACAUCUCUCAGAUACCCAAUGACAACAUGCCUGAGGAGGGAGGCAACUGGUUUGAUAACACGACUUCCACCUGCAGGUACCGUGACUACCGUUACCCUCCAGGCCAUGCGAGGGAAUACACUCACACCAUGCAGUUUUGGCAUAUCCUGGCAGCCAAAAUGGCCUUUAUUAUUAUAAUGGAGCACGUCGUCUUUGUGGUGAAGUUCUUCGUGGCGUGGAUGAUCCCGGACGUCCCGUCAGUUGUGAAGGCUCGGUUCAAACGAGAGCGCUACCUGAUUCAAGAGUACCUGCAUAACUACGAGGUGGAGAAGGUCAAAAUCCAGAUGAGUGCCAGUUUCAUGACAGAGCAACCAUCAGAAGUAUCCUCAAUGACAGACAAACAAGAAGUGUUGUCUGAGUGCCUGGAGCCUCCUUCCUGAAAACUCCUAACUAACCAAGCCAAGAAUGGACACGUGUUAGAGUUUUCUCCUCACUGACAGCAUCCAUAUACACAGAUCCUGUCUUUGGGAUAAAAAUGAUAUAAUCUUUUCUUGCUGGAUGGACUCCUAUAUUAGGAUCUGUGUAAAGGCAUCAGAAAUUCAAAUGCAACAUCUCGCUUUGCUUAAAAUUAGCUACCCGAGUGGCUGCAACACUCCUAUGCCAUAUAAAGAAAGUUUGAAAACAACAGAAGAAGGCUAAAAAGAUUGUAACUGCAGCUUGUAUCAUUCCCUGUGUAAUGGCUUCAUAUCCCCAUGUGUCAUGACUAUAUGUGCUAAUAGCCAAGUGGGAAUUGUUGAAAAUUACCCUUUAAAGAGAUGGCUAUCAUAUCAUUAAUUAAAUGUUUUGCAUGUGAUUUCUCUUGUGAGGAAACAAGAUUAAGGGCUUUUUAGAAAAGAUGUCAGUGUUAAGGAGUUUUAAAAAUCUCAUAUCAUUUAAGGGAUUAUGUCCUAAACAUCACCUAUCUUUAUGUCUUAAGUGUAAUAAUUAUUUUUAGUUUCGUUGCUGCAUAAUGUUUAGAUCCACUGAUCUAUAGCUGGGCUAUUAGAUGUUUGAGUUAAUUAUGUUUAUGCUCUUUCAAACUGUAAAUUGGAAAACCAAUUACCUCCAUUAUAGUGCAGUGAUACUGUAACAAUCAGAAGUGUGUAUCAUUCCAGCCUGAGUUGAUAGUAUAGUGAGACAGCAGCUGCAGGCUUAUCUUCCAGAUGUAUUUCCAACUUGCUACAGGACCAAUUAUACGAUUUUUACAAAAAGAAAAGCCUACACAUAGAAAAUCUCAUGACAGAUUUUCUCUUUUAGUACAAUCAGUUUAUGUGUGAAAGUUGGCCGUGUGUUGGCUUUAUGGCUCCAAUUGUUAUACAUAGAUAACAAAUGGCCUAUAUUGCUGUUUAACAUUAUUUGUGCCUCCACAUGUUUUCGGCAUAACAAACCUUCAGAGAUGAUCAGACAGUUGGAGAACUUGGUUUGGUACAAUGUAAGUGAGCAUAUCAGCAAAAAGAAAUGAGUUGAUGACAUUACUGUAGGUAACCUACUCUUUGGUUUUGCUGUAGAUAUAAAGAAAAUAUCAUAUAUUUAAAUUGGUUAUUGAGCAACUAAUUUAUUGAUAUGCUUCUGCUUUGUAGUCUGAAGCUUUUAUAUUAAGAAGAGUAACUUAAUAUGCACUUUCUUUACAUUUGUAUUCAUCAAAUCAUAAAUGGCCAUCAACCAUGUUAGUUCAGUCCGUUCUUCAAGUACAUUUAAUGUAAUACUACAAGGGACCAGAUGCAUAAAAAACACUCCAGAGAGAUAUAUAACUAAACAGUAUCUAUUUAUGAGAUACAGGAUCACUUCAUUUAUUCUUAUUAUUCCAGGUUUACCAGGUUUUUCUUUGUUUUAUAUUGAAACCUCUUUGUAACUUGACUUGCUACAUGAUGCAGUUGUAAUUUCAGCUAUCAGCUAUUAUAUUUGACAUUAAAAACCAAGUCUCAUUUACUCGCAUCUCAGGAUCAAUCAUGAGCAUCACUUACACAGUAAAACAGUACGCAGAUAUCAGAUGUGUGCAGAGCGUGAUCCUGCAGCAUAAUGUAUUUCCAAACAAACAAAUGCCUUAAACCUCUGUGCUUACUCGUUUUUGUAUGCUUCUGUAAUGCCAAAGUGUCCUAUCUGAAUUCAAAACCUGUUUCAUGUAAGUCAUCAUUGCAAAGUUGCUGUUUUGUCUAAUUUGAUGCGCAUGAAUUGCUGGAAAUGUUUGUCAAUUAUAUUCUAAUUUCACUGUAGCCUAUUGUACAAUUAAUAUUCACGAUACAUAAAUAAAAAAGUAAUUAUAGUAUGA